UACACUUCCAUUACACAUGCGUCUAAGACUCCACACAAGUAACCUUCCUCUUUCAAACACACUUCACUUCUCACCUAAUCAUCUUUCUCUCUCCUCCUUUUUCUCUCAUCAAAAACAACACACCUUUGUAGAUUCUCACAUCAAUAAACACCUCAAAAACAAAGAGAGAAUCAAAGUUGAGAAUUGAGAUGGCGAAUAGCUUAUGCGAUGAACUCUUGCAAGAAAUUUUCCUAAAGCUUCCAUCUUCAUCUUCUUCUUCUUCUGCCUCUUCAAUCACCCUUGUUUCAAAGCGGUGGCUUAAUCUCUACCGUUCAUCUAGAACCUCUAUUUCCCUUCGCUUCAACCCUCAAUUCUCUUUGAUACCUUCCUUCAUCUCUCUACUCAAUCAACACACUUCUCUCUCUUCCCUCUCUCUCUUCCUCCUUUCAUCUCAUCAUCAUCAUCACCCAACAACAACCCUUCUCCUCUCUGCGAUUUCCUCCUGUUCUUCCAAACUUCUCUCUCUAAAAUUCUUGGCUGGUCCUGUUUCUCUCUCUUCCAUCGUUUCUCUCUCAAACUCUUGUACCCAAUUGAGGUCUCUUUCUAUUACUCUCUCAAGACCUAUUUUUCUCAAUUGGGUUUCGUGUUUUCCUUGUUUGAAAGAAUUGUCAAUUGUUUUCUGCUAUGAUGAAGCUGGGGAGAAUUUUUUUCAAAAUGGGGUUUUGGAAAGUGAAGAUUUUGAUGUUGAAUUGAGUUUGCAAUUGGGAUUGGAAAGUCUUUGUUUUGAGGGUAUUCGUGGUGAUGAUUGGGGAAUCGAUUGGCUUUGGAAAAGAUGCAGAAACCUUAAGAUUUUGAAGCUUCUAAGUUGUCAAGGAAUUGGUGGUUCUUACUCUUCUUUUGUUAAUUGUUUGCAAGGUGUUCGACAAAUUGAGCUCAAAACUUGUAGGAGUGUGGUUGAUGUUGUUCUGUUGAAACUUUCAGAGCAUUGUAAUUCAUUGGAAUCAUUUUUGGUUCAUGAUGGUGGUAGCAGAGACAGUUUGCUACACUUUAUUUCUCAUUGCAGGUCUAAUAAUUUGCAUAAACUUGAUUUUCGGUUACCUAUGGACCUUGAAAACAACCAUCUAUUUUCUAUCGCUAUGAAUUUCAGAGGCCUUUCAAGUCUUAAGCUUCAAAGUUGUUGUCUUGUUACUGGUGAAGGACUUAAGGCUAUUGGUAUGGCAUUGAGUAACGGUCUUGAAGAAUUGGCAUUGAUAAACUGUGAUGUUGUUGAAAGGGAGAAAGGUUUGCUUGCCACUUUGGGACAACAUUUGAGGAAAUUGAGGAAACUAGAUUUGUCUCAUAACGAAAUGUUGAUUGAUAAGGAGUUUGUAUCGAUGUUAGUUUCUUGCAUUCAUUUGAUUGAUUUGAAGGUUAGGGGAUGUAAAGGACUAACUAACGUGGCUAUGGUUUCUAUGAUUAGGAGUUGUAAGAGCCUCGAAAAUGUUGAUAUUAAGCAUUGUUUUGGGAUUGAUUCUGAGGCUAUUGAAGUGUUUGUUAAGAAUUGUUCCCGUUUGAAAAGAUUGGAAGUUGAGGGAUACAAACUCUCUGAUGAUGCAAAAAUGUGGGCAUCAGAUAAAUUUAUUGAAGUUGUUGUUUAGUACUAAUUAAUAAUUGGAUGUAUAUUUAUUGAAGUUUGAAAUAAACAGGCUUGUAUGGAUCACACUCACAAUUGGUGUAUAUGAUUAUGUGAUUUAAGUUUGAAACAUGAAAUUUAUUAUACAUCAAAUACUUAUUUGUAUUUA